GAGACAACAUUAAAAGAGGGGAGAUGUUUACUAGAUAUGGAAGAUGUAAAGGUAAAUUGACUGAUCGUAGUUUUCAAGAAAGUCAAUAAGUGAGGCCCUAUGCUUGAAAAAACGUUUUACCUUCAGAUUGGCAAGAAUUCCGAUGACUUUAAAUGCGGCACAUUUGUCAACAAAAAAUCUUGAGAGGGUCUGCAUUUUAUUGAGCUAUUUUGAAAAAAUAGCUCAUAUGUCAGUGGUGUGAGCGUAUGUAUCUUCGUGGCUUUGUAUCUUUGUGGCUUUGUAUGUUAGGAUGUUUGUUGCAAGAGCCAAUAAAGUUGAAGGUACUAUGAGUUGAUGCUUAGGAACCAAUGAGAUCUUGGCAUCUAUUUAAACAUGGCAUUGGUAAAGGUCGAACAAGGGCACUUUGAGACCGCCAUCUUGAUCCUUCACAAUUUUUUCGUCUUUUAUUACGGGUACAGGUGUUUGGAAGCAUUACAUAAAAUAUCUUCAUGAUUCAAACGCUGUGAACAGUGAUGCAGCUGUUUAAGGGUUCAUAUUUAAGUGUGGAUGCUGCUUCGAGGCAUUUCUGACCUAAUUCGGCUAUCGGUACAACGCACGUCAGUAUGAGUUCUGUUUCACCUGCUACAACUGGGUAGAGUAUAAAAGAUCAUAUAUUUUCAAAUCUCUUCCAAUGAAGCAAUAAUUGAUAUUUAGAUAUAGACUUUAAUUCGAAAGUAUGCGCCCUAUAAAAUGUGGUUUUAGAAGUUUAAAAGGCAGCUUAUUUUUUUGAAAGCUGUAUCGAGUAUUGUUAAUCCUGUAAACAAGCUUUAAAAAUAUUAUUCUCUCGCUUACAAAGUUCAACCGACCUUUUUCGUUCUAUUUAGUAAAGAUGCGUAACUUAAGUAGAAACAGUAGCGUUAGGGAAUAAAAUUGGAAGAAGCUAGUUGACACAAUAAUUAGAUACUGUUAUAUUGAGUGGAGUAACAUGAUAUAAGUAGAAAUAUAUUUCGGCAGUUUGAUAAUUUUCUUGGAAGUUAAUAAAUGUUAGGCUAUCAACCUUGACGUUGCAUGAAACAUAAUUUAAUUGCAGAUGUUGUAAUAAAGCCGAGGUGAUUUCUUAAAAUCGUUUGAGAAAAUUUUGUAGUAAAACAAUUUGCCUCUUUUUUACGUACGAAUUGUGAAAGGGCCAAAGACCAACAUCUUCACAUGCAAAUUGUGUGCAUGAGUUAUUUUUAUAAUUCUGUUUACUAGAUUACUGUGUGAUAACUCGAAUUCCCUCACGUACGAACCACGAAAGGGGGCAAAGUCCAACACUUUCACGUGCCAGCUGUGUGACUGUACAUCUCAUGCAGAUUGGCUUUUCACAAUAAUAAUAGUAACUUGGACGUAUGAAGACCUGUUUCGUUUAGUAACCAAUGCCUUAAAAAAGGCUCUUGUCUUUUAAGAAGCAAUAGCUUUUAAAACAUGACGAAAUAAGUUGUCGGAGUUAAAGACUGUUUCACAAAUGUUAAUAAAUGUUAGGUUAUCAACCUUGACGUUGCAUGAAACAUAAUUUAAUUGCAGAUGUUAUAAUGAAGCCGAGGUGAUUUCUUAAAAUCGUUUGAGAAAAUUUUGUAGUAAAGAAUUUGCCUUUUUUUAACGUACGAAUUGUAAAAGGGCGAAAGACCAACAUCUUCACGUGCAAAUUGUGUGCGUGAGUUAUUUUUAUAAUUCUGUUUACUAGUUUACUGUGUGAUAACUCGAAUUCCCUCACGUACGAACGACGAAAGGGGGCAAAGUCCAACACUUUCACGUGCCAGCUGUGUGACUGUACAUCUCAUGCAGAUUGGCUUUUCACAAUGAUAAAUAGUAACUUGGACGUAUGAAGACCUGUUUGGUUUUGUAACCAAUGCCUUAAAAAAGGCUCUUGUCUUUUGAGAAGCAAUAGCUUUUAAAACAUGAAGAAAUAAGUUGUCGGAGUUAAAGACUGUUUCACUGAGUAGAAUCGCACGUGAAAACCGCGUGAAUUAUGAUGAUGCAACCAUCUACCACCAUGAUAAAAAUCCUGGUAUUUCGUAACUAUUCAGUAUUCGGUGAGUCACAUUUUGGCUUAAGAAACUCCGAGGAAACCUUAGAGUUUUCCUUCUUAUCAACGUUUGGUAACUAGAAAUUUAUUUCACUUUUUUUGUUGAACUUGCACCAGAUGUAACAGGGAAAGACAGAGGAAAGUGAAUAUAUAGCUUUAGGAUCGAGUCAGCUGAGCGUUUCGCGUUUUCAUUUAUGUACGGCAAUACGCAAUUUCGCACAAAAACCCAUCUACAUUUAGAUGAAAGACGUAGAUUCAUCACUCUUGGUAAGGUUACACCGAAGCAUUAAAGUUGCACUUACGCAUUCAAAAAUAGCUCAUGCACGUUUAACGUGCCUAUGUUUUUGUUGUGCUAGCAGUGUUAGGAGAAAAAUACCACGGAGCCCUAGGUUUUACUUCCACUCUUGAAGGAACUGCUUGAAUUCCUCACAAAUUAACAAAAUAACCGUCCAUAUGGGUAGUUGGUGAUUAAAAGAUUAUUUUAACUGUCAAGGAUUAUUUCAUACAAAAAUAAAAAUGAAAAAAAAAACCUUCUAUCGCAGAAGCACUCCAUAUAGCCUUCAUCUAGACGGAGACCAUUGUAGACAGUCGAGCCCUCGAUCAGUGCGGUCAGUGAUGACGUCAACGAUUACGAAUCACUGACGCCGAACCACUUCCUCAUCGGACGGCCAUCACCCUACAUGCAGCCCACCCCGUCAAUUUAAAAAGCGCGAAGUUAAUAGCCACAAGGAAUGGAGAAUAGCCCAGGCACUCGCGGACGCAAGGAGAGCCUACCUUAAACCCGUCAAUCCCUUCCUAAUGGUAUAAAGAACAGCUAAACUUAAAGGAAGAUGACUUUAUCGGGUCACAGGAGUCUCAAAUUGGUCCCUUGGUAGAGUUCUGAAGACAUUUUCAGGAGAUGAUGGGAGAGUGCGAAUGAAGUGAAAGACACCCAACGAACUUUGAUGCAGCCUACCGCAAAGUUGUGCUUGGUGGAAAAAUCUGCUUCAUAGAAUGGACAAUGCCGAACAAUGUUUUACUAAGAACGUUUGUAGUGUAGCAAACUUUUUACUUUAUUGCUUGUAACUUAGCUUGUCGUUCAUCUUAUGGUCUUUCUGGGGAGGGAGAGAAGAUCAAGUGGAGCAGCCGCUCGCGAUGUUAUUCGUGGUAAAUUGUAAAAUUUCCGUGAUUAUCCGCGAGAAUAACUCGGGAAAACGAGGUCAGUAAGAAUUAAAAAGUUGUUGUUGCCUUACAAUAGUCUCGACAACGAACUUGUUAAUUGAACUAACCACAGGGGCAGUAAUAACUGGCAAAAGUACAAACAAUGGACUAGGUCAUUUGCCUAGGCACAUCCUCUUUAAGAACAUCACACUCGAAAAGUGCGAAUUUACUCUCUUUAUUUGAUUUUUGUUUCAGAUUGUAGAAAAACAACUUGGUAACCUCGUUAUGGAUAUCGGGAACGAAAAUGAUCCUGUAUUUAGGCUCGAACAAAUAUUGGAAAAAAAAGUGGAGGUCGUGCUUCUAUGCUGUUCCAUCGGGGCAAUAACUAUUUACUUUAUCGUGCUACUUGUCCUAAGGUUAGUUGUUGUGUUGCUUUUAAGGAAAAACCAGUGCCUUGUCAUAUCGAAAAACUCGUCCUUAGGUUUAUGGAAAACCGUUGACUUGAUCUAAAAUGUUAAUGAUUUGUUUCAGAGUGGAAAUCACAGAAAAGAUUUUUGUGCACGUAAAUAUGCUACUUUCGCUGGGCAUUGCACACCUGGUGUACGUAUUGGAUUUUACAGUGUUUACCAACAGAGUAGAACAUCCAGUAAGUAGUUUAUUUAUCAUCUUGAAACCCAUACUAGGCCUUUUUCUAUGGUCAUCGACAGGUGGGAGGCCAGGGCGAGUAACAUUCUUUGAAAACUGCAUAAUUGAUUAGAUUACAAAGCCAGAAUCCUUUUUUGUCAUUCAAUAUUAAAAAAUUCUUACCUUAAAAACAGCUAAAAUUCGAAAAAACAAACGAACAACAAAAAAACCAUUCUUACAUCGAUUGAUGUUUAGUUCUCUUCAUUUGCCUGAUCCUCCUCAAAUUCAGGAUAUAAAGGGAUUUUUAGCCUUCAAAUAGCAGUUGCCGUACGUCUAGUUCUUUUUUUGCUGUUUUUGCUAUGUUUUAGGCAGUAGUCUGGCUACUGUUUCGACAUUCUCUGCAUGUAGACUGGGCAAAAAUAACUGUGUCAUCGUUUUAAUAUUUGAUAUGUCAGCUGCAUUCGACACAGUCGAAAAUCACAUAGUGUUACAAGACUCAGUCGCCGUUUUGGAAUCAAAGGAAAGGCACUGGCUUGUAUGUGGUUCUUGGUCCGGUCGGUUUUACUUUGUGAUGUAAUUUUCGGGAAGAAAAUCAGGUUUCAAUGCAAACGAAACUUUCCGAGACAGUGUUUAUUGAUCUGUUUGCCUUCUUAAGCUCGAUUGGAGGUUUUCCUGAUGACUAGCGAAGGAGGUAAAAUCAAAUUAAGGCAAACGUAGGUGAAUUUUGUUCUGUUAUUUGUGUUUUUUUUAAUGGCCCCUUAAAUUGGAUAUAUAUUGAAUUCAGGCAUAUACGAUUAAGUGCGUUUAAGAAAGCCGUUAAUUUUUGGUUACAUUAUUGCGUACAAGAAAUGUUCCUUCCACUUGCAAAAAAAAUGCGGUAGAAAGUUUGAAUUUUGAAACCAAAAUUGUAGAUAAUAUUCUAAAGCAAAUUUUGCGUACUAGGUCUUUGUUCCGGCCGCCGGACGAUAGCAUAAACCAGCAAAAUAAUGAUUGAAAAUGGAGGGCCUCAGGAAGUAUAGUUUUGUUUUCGUUUAGUUAUUAGGGAAUUAAGAUUCAUGAGUCAAAGUGAGGAUCUUUCAACUUUGAGUCACAUUUUAAAUAAAACACUCUCAUUAAUUGGAGUAAAUGAUCAAAAUCGCGUACAGCGUAUAUUCGAUCCGUCUGCUUGGUUCCAGUUACUAUACACUGUUUUUCCGAGUGAUGUCCUCAAAAGUUAUGAUUUGUCGUAUACUUUUAACGCCGAUGACAGCCAGAUAUACAUGCCCUUUCACCGUCACUGGUGAACCUGGGUACUCCAAAUCUAAACGUGUAUCCUUGACACCAGUAGUUGGAUGAGAGCCAAUAGGACCAAAUUCAAUAACGAAAAAACUGAGCUUUUGGUGCUGAACGCCUUUCAUUGCCCCCUUAGGCAGCUAAGUUCCGUUUACGCAAUCAGUGAAUAAAUUGUAGCCACUAACUCGGCUAAAAUCAUCGGCCUUUGGUUUGAGAUCAAUCUACAAGCAUGUGAAAUUUCUUUGCAAGACACCUUUCUGCCAAUUACGUAACUUGGCACUAUUAAAAGGUUCCAAAAGCACUGUGAAAUUCUCUUACAUGCCUUUGUUACAGUGUACUUCCGCUAAUCAAUCAAUCAAUCUUUUUUUGUACUCUCACUUUCUCAAAAAUGAAUCACAACAAUGAAAAUAUUAAAAGUAACUCUCUCUUAUCUGGUCUAUCUGGUCUCCUCAGCAUCUGUUACAAAACAUAUUUAAAAUACUGCGGCCAGUUCCCUCACGCACCCAAACAAAUACGACCACGUUCCCCACAUUUCUUUCUUUUUCAGCAGAAAUCGAAAACGUCUUCCAAAUUUGGUCCACCCUAGCUGGUUACAAAGAAUUAGUCGGGGUAUUUGAGCCAGUCAAAAACGAGAAAUAUUUGGGAUGAGAUGGUAACAAGUAAGGUUUAAAUUUCUAAAAUUCGGAUAUGUACACACUUUUUUAUUGUCUUUUAGGUUCUCUGUUCGACUGUUGUGGUAACUCUUCAUUUUCUGGAAACAGCUCUGUUAACCUGGAUGUUUGUGGAAGGGAUAAACCUCUACAACAAGUUGGUCAAGGUUUUUUCGAUGCGAAAGCAAUACUUAGCUUUCGCGGCAAUAGGAUGGGGUGCGUUACUUUUCUUGAUACUUCUAUUCCAGUCAUUUUGUGGUUGGACCCGGAACUAUAAAUGUAACAGAAGCGUUCUCUUCGCCAAUCACUUAGGAUUAGACUAUAAAUAAACAUACUAAAAGUCCCAAGAGAUCCGAGCAAGGGAACAUUGCAUAACGAACAUUUUCUUCCUCCCUCUGUAGCUUCAACAGGAUUUAGGCUACGACAGUAAAAAUCAAAGGGUCAAUAGCAGACACAGAAGUCUGUAAAUUCAAAAUGGAUUAUGUGAUAAAUAACGUCAUAUAAUUUGGUAAUCACAGUAUUUUCGGACCGCCGUCAUCUUGGAUCCGCCAUAUUAAAUCCGCCAUCUUGAGUCAUUGCAUGGGGGGAGAGGAGGGGGGGAAAGGAAGCUCUAUUGUUUUCGAUGUAAGUUCCUUGACCCACUCCGCUCGCCAGUAUUACGUCACAUAGUAACGGGCAAAAGCCUCGGGUCGCUUGUGCAAAUUAGCAAGGGAUACGACAGUUAUUUGGACGAGCGAGGUCGAGGGAAAGCAAAGAAGCUAGCAAAUAUCGCUAUAUAUCGCUUAUUUGAUCGAAUGUGUGCGAGCUUUGGUGCUGCUUUAAUCUGCUUGUGUAAACCGUUUUGAUAUUUUGUGUCCGUGAUUGUAUAAUUUUGUUAAUUUGUUUUGCGGGCCGUGUUGCGGGAUCGCCAUCUAUUUCACGGGACCGGCAAGGUCAUCAAAACGUAAAUCUUUUUUUUUCUCUAAACUAGGUAAGGUCUAGUCUCCAGAAUAGGAGGUUCCAUUCACAGAUCACGCAUGUUUGUAUUUCAUCUAUUCUUUUGCUUAUUAAAUGGGCCUAACUUCAUAUCAUUCCUUUCGAGUGUGGGCCCCUGUUGAUCUCCUCAUUCUCCGCCAAAUUCAGUAAAGCUAGUUCGAUCGAUUAUCUACAUCGAGUCGGCCCUUUGAACCCGAAAUAAUGCAAAAUAGCUUUGGUCUCUUUUUUUAACACUGUUUUUCCUUUUGGCCUUUCUUCUUUAUUCAUUUUAUUUAUUUAUUUAUUUAUUUCGCACACACAAACAAUUACAACACAUUACAUUUACAAUUCAUUACAGGUAACUGUUAUCGUUUACAAAAACGAAAUAAAAAAAGAAAAAGAAAGGCAAAGUCUACAAAAAUACUAUAGUUUUUUUAUAUAUUAACAAUUAAGCGAAGGCUGCCUGCCUUAUGGUCCUCCAUCACCCAUCUACCUGUUUGUCACUUGCACUUUAAUUAACUGCAUUGGUCAAAUUAUAUUCUGAGGGGUAUUGUUUGAAAGUAGCCCAUUUCUUCCUAAAAGAGGCUAAGUUAUUAUUAUCAAACGCAAUCUGUUUCUCAAUUUCCAUGGAGCGUAUGAUUAACUGAGUGUUAAUCAUACGCUCCAUGGACUUGAAUAUACAACAUCCGACAAACACAACAUGCGACAAACACAAACAUCCUAACUACUGCAAUGGGCCCCAAUAUUAGGAAGAGAUCAAAACGGAUAAUGGGCCCCCGUUUAAUGGAUCGAAGUUUGCGAACUUUGCUCGGGAACAAGGAUUCAGACACCGAAAGGUUACCCCUGGGUGGGCUGAAGCUAAUGGUGACGUGGAGCGUUUCACGCAAAACCCUCACGAAGAGUGCGAGAAUUUCUAAACUUGAAGGAAAAGCUAUUCGGGAGGGAGUGCAAAGAACGGUUGGCAACUAUUGCGCCACGCCCCACCCAGCAAGAAAGGAAAGCCCUGACAUGCUCAUGUUCGGUAGAGAGCUACGGAGGAAGCUACCGGAAAGGAUCGUACCUGCAGGAGAAAUUCCAUACGGCCCAAUCAGACAAAGACCCAAUCAGAGACGUGGCUAAAAAGAAGCAGAUGAAAGAGUACGCGGACUAGAGACGUAACGCCCGGGAAAGCCUUAUAGUGGUUGGAGACCAAGUCCUUUUGAAGCAGAGUAAAGAAGAUGUUCUGACCCCCAGCAUUUGAUCCCCGACCCUUGUCAGCAAUAGGCGUGAAAGGAAGUAUGAUCACCGUGAAAAGGGGUAGGAAGAUUAAAUCGCGGAAAUCCACCCAUUGUAAGUCGCUGAAGCACGAGAGGGAAGAUGAGUACGUCGCUAUGGAAUUGGACCAAGAAGGUCUGGAUGCAUCCCGCGCGGAAGAAACUGAAACCAAGGAAGAUUUGCGUUUGCAACCCGACAACCUCGGCGUAUCCAGUGAAAUGACAAUUGGCGGUCCACGUAACGAGCCUGAUGGUCCACCGACAUCCUUAGGAGGGACGGAAACGGCGCGACAUCAACAGCAGCCUGACAAUACUGCAGUAUGCGGGCCAAGAAGAUCAGCGCGAACAAGAACGUGUACUUGGAACACUAUUUACAGCGACUUUGAGCCACACUAGAAAAAAAGGGAGAGAUGUAGUGUCGGGUCUCAAGAGACUUAAUGUAGGAUAAUUAUAUGCGAAAUGAGCGUUAACACUCUAACAAAAGAGGACUUGAUUUGCAUAUAGGACAGUGGUGAACAGACUAGUAGGAGGAGCAUUAACGGAACUAAAGGCGUAUGAUGUAACCGUUUAUUGAGCCCCAUUCGCGACUUUACAAGUAUUUUCCCAGGUAGAUAACCUAUUAGAGCAUAAAAACAUUGCCCUAAGUUGAACGUUUUUAGCGAUUAUGUAUUACAAAAACGCCUUCAACGUAAGCGUUAAAGAAAGACUUUACGUCUCGUUUCCAUGGAGUAAUAAACAAGGGUCUUGGAAAGGUCUCAAAUGCUCUCAAGUUAUCUCGUUUUUAAGCAACUCCCCUUGCUAGGACUCUGUGGGACUUUUGAUAUGUUAUUAAGGACAGUUUGACGAGUCUAAGACAGUUGGAGUAUCCUCUGUUGCAAUUAGUUUCAGGUUAACCUACUAUUUUCUACAAAAUGAAUGGAGUAUUCAUGCGCUGAGAUUUUUCUCAGAACAUUUUAAUCAAUACAAAAACUUGUUUUAUUAUUAUUAUUAUUAUUAUUUUCAUUUUGCCUCAUUUAAAUUAAAUAUAUAUACACACAAUUCAGAAAGAUGAUUCAAGGGAGCCCAUGCAAGCCAAUAAAACUUAAGAAAAGGACCUCCUUUAAACAAAAAAAUAUGACUUACAGUGCGAGCACACGAACCGAGGCCACCCAGAUAAAAGUUUGAGUCAAAUUUUGGAAUUAGCCAAUCACAAGUCGAGAUUAAGACAAUGAAAUUGCGCAUAAUUGUACGCAGUUCAAAAUACGUUGCGAACCAUUUUUCUAAAGGAUAUAAAUAAGGAUUUAGGACGUUUAAAAAUUAAGCUGAAAAAUGUUUUGACAACGGAUUGCUCAAAAUUUCUUUACUUUUGGCUUUGAUUCCGGCCAACCCAGACGUUGUCAAAACAUUUUUCAGCUUGAUUUAUUAUUAUACAACGUCACGAUUCUUUAUUUACAUCCUUUAUAAAAAUGGUUCGCUGGGUCUGAGUACAAUUAUGCGCAAUUUGAUUGUUUUAGAUCUCGACUUGAGAUUAGCUUAUUUAAAAAUUUGUCUCAAAAUUUUGUCAGGGUUGCCUCGGUUCGUGUGGUCCCACUGUAAUUAUGAAAUAAAAUUCUGGCAAGUAAAAAUACAAAGCAACAUAUUCCAAAAAAAAAGAGAAAAAAACAAACAAACAAACUUGAUUCUGUGCCCCAGAGCGGGACAUGAACUCACGUCUCUCUCUGCUCAGCUAACUGGUCAGGUAUGCUUACUACUAAACACGCUGGUUACGCCACAGCGUAAAACCCACCAGUGUCUACUGUAAAAUGAUACUAAGACUAGCGUGAGAAAAUUAAUUUUGAUUACAUUUAUUUCAGGAAUUCCAGCGGUCAUUGUGGGCAUUACAGCUGCCAUAAAGCCCUCUACGUAUGACAUGGAAGCACCAUUGAAGGAAGUCAUAUGUGGACCGUUUAAGUUUACUGGACGUCCUGAGAAAGAAAGGUAAUCAACCAUGUUAUAUCUUUUCUUCAAUUUUUCUCCGAUAACCUCUUCCUCUCUCUUUCGUUGUAUAAUUGUAUAUUUUUUUCGUAGAUGUUGGCUCAAUGGAAGUACGUGGAUUUACAAAGGGCCAGUCUUGUUUUUUCUGUUGGUAAGAAUUGUAAAUAACGUCAUUUCUACUAUAAAUAAAGAUUAAUAUAUAGAUUUAGCCAGGGCUAAAAGCGAGGCUCCCAUUAAUAAGUUUAUAAUUUAAAUCAAACAAUUAACUUGUAUUUCACAAUUCAGUUAACAUUAGAGCACAUUCGCUUGACUUUUCAGGGAAAGGCUAAGUGAUUUUACAAAAAAUAAUUUGCAAACAGCCCAAGAGUGAAACAAAUCUCACAUCGAGUUGAUAACCUCAUAAGUACACCCAAAAACCGGCGAGCAUCUUCGAUCACAUUUAUUAAGAGCCACAAUGGCUCUUGAUCACCGUAGAUUAAUUAAGCCUGGAAAAAAAAAUUCCGGCCGAAUUUUUUGCGUUCGACAAGUUUACUUUACAAAAUCUUGCCAACCAAUCUGGGCGCGUGUAAACCAACCUUUUAUAUCAUUUAUACAUCACAUCUGAGCUGUAACAGUACUAUGAGGCACUGUUUUUAUCAUACAGACCUCGGACAACAGAAUGCAGUAUUUCACAAUAUUGCGAUACAAAUUGCUAUUCAGGACGUUCGAAGCACGCGUGGGCUUUAGCCGUAAACAGUUGAAAAAUUUUUCAAAAUCAUCUAUACGGCUAGCCGGUUCUGACUUUUACAGUGCUAGCAUUGGCGAGUGUUUGAAUGAACAUUAACAGGGUUACGCUCCAACAUAACAAAGAAUUUAUUAUGUUUAUUUUUUAUUUUAAAAUGGUUUAACGCGCGGCAUUUUGAGUACUCCGGGAAGCGUUGUUUACUAAACGACUGAAAACAAUCGGCACAACGAUGGAUCGAUUGAAAUUACAAGAGAGAGUACUAACAAUCAAUAAAAGAAAUAUAUUUCGGUGAAACAUAUACAGAGACGACAAUUUUCAUUCAGGAAGACAAGUAUUAAAGUGUCUCUAAAAAUCCUGAGUCUUCGAGCUUAAAGCUGAAGUUUAUGUUUUAAGCCGGCUUCCCGGUGUUUGCUUUUUUCAAAGACGAACUCGAGGCAUGAAUAUCGCUCAAACCUUUCUUUUACAGCCAGAAUUAUAACUAAAUAUUCUUUGAAACGUUUUCUUUCUAUUUGGGGUGGGAAACUGUAAGCUUAUAACAAACCUGAUACUCGGUCAGAUCAUUGUCUCAAAUCUUACAAACGUGCGUAAACAAAAUAGCCGCAUAAACUACGCUCGACUUCAUUAAAUUAGGAAUAAAAAACAAACAUCAAAUACAAUAAUUACUUAGGCUUACCACUCGAGAUGCCGCUCCUGAAAGGUAUCAAGUAAGGCCAGUAUCGCUUCAGACUUUGCAACCCUCUUACGCAUUAAGCAAGGUGAAAACGAAAACGAUGCCAUCCGUAAUCGGUUUCCGACUUUGACUCAACCAAAAACCCAAUAAACAAACUAGCCAUGGAUAACAGAAGACUCCUGAUAGCAGCUGAAUUUCAUUUUGUACAUCCAGUGGAAAAAGAAAGUUAAAAACAUCUCAAGUUGACACAAAACUCUGUCAGCUUCAGCUGUCAAAGUAAACAAGAUUCAAGAUGCUGCAUAAAUUUUCCGCAUGAACUCACCUGUCAAAUUUUGACCAAUCAGAGCAUAAAAAUUGGACUUAGAGCGUGACCAACGCGUGAACAUGGCGAGAAAAGUCAAAAGCAACUGUCUUGCCUGCCUGUAGCAGCUGGCUGAAUUUUCGCGUCCGAGGUCAGUUUGAAAUCAAAAUUUUAAUUGUGCGGCACAUAAACACAACAUAUUUCAUAUGAAAAAAAUUAAAUUUGAGCCUGCGAUCAUUUGAAAACCAGUACCUCGUCACCGGAUAACUUCAAAAAAACACUUGACCUCGAUGGGUCAACACCUGAGCCCGCGAUACAGUCAAGUGAUACUGGUCAGCGGAUACCUUGUUUUGACAGCUGUCAAUGGAUCACAGCAUUGAUGUCCAAUAUGUGUAUCAGUUUGCUUGUGUCCGAUCCCAAACUAGCUAGAAAGUAUGAGACUGAACAUUGAUCGCGAUCUACUAAAAUAAUUAACUGGUCAGCGGACAGCUUCCAAAUAAAUCACGUCACCUCAAUGAGUUGACACAUGAGCCCGCGAUAUGGUCAUGGGAUACUGGUCAGUGGCUAUCCUGUUUUGACAGCUGUCAUUGACCAUAUUGUGAAUGUCCAAUGUAAAAGAUGUGGACUUGACAAGACACGCCUGAGACACCCCUCCCUUCCUUUUGAUAGUCUUCCCUACCCCACCCGUACAAUCCGUAUACGCGUACGUACGUACAUACGUACGUACGCUCGGUCAAUCACGUGACAACCAAACGAAAAGAAGUUGACCAUAAUCCAUGAGUAUGGGGCUCUGUCCCAUGCGCGCUUCGCGCGCGUGCGAGCCCCGCUAUAAACACUUACUCGUUUAAAAUACAAUUAAGACUUAAGGACUUAUAUAGGGCAAGCACGCGCGCUAUGUUAUAAUACUGAAUUUAUCACUAAAUAAAUCGAACCCGCUUUACGGACACCCGCCUAAUAAGAGCAGUUUUCCUUAUCCCUGAAGAAAGCCCUCACAAUUUCUCUAAAUUGAACCAGCUUAAUUAGCCAUUUCGGAGUUGCGUAGGGAAAUGAGGCGAGUUUCAAAUUAAACUAAUCGAUAAACUAACACCAUCAUAUAAAAGGUCAUGUUGAGAUUGGUCAUUUGACCAAGUUUGGUGCUCUAAAGUUGAACAGGGCUCAAGUUAUGACUUUUGAAACGUGGUUAAAGAUCCAUACAAACGUCUAUAAUUUUGUGACAGAGUCCCCCAAAACCAUAUAAACUCUUUCAAAGUUUUCAGUUUUUCUUUUAAACUGCAACAUUCGUCAUGCAUCUACUACUUGGAAGGAACUAAUUCGAAAAUCACUGUGUUUGCCCAUUUUUAGGAAUAUCACAGAAAUCGUGAAAAAAAAUUAAGAGUUUAUAUGGUUUUGGGCGACGCUGUCACAAAAUUACAGAGGUUUGUAUGGCUCUUUAACCAUGUUUCAAGAGUCAUAACUUGAUCCCUGUUCAACCUUAGAGCACCGGACUUAGUCAAAUCACCAAUCUCAACAUGACCUUUUAUAUGAUGGUGUCAGUUUAUCGAUUAGUUUAAAUUUGAAACUCGACCUAGUUCCCUACGCAACUCCGAAAUGGCCUAUACGGACACUUGUCUCUUGCCCAAUCAACGAAUUCCAAGGAAAGUCAACCUCGCUAAUGCAAUAAGUGUGUGCUGUAAUUAAACUUUUCUUUUGGAAGGUAAAAUAUACCCUUUGGUGACAGCUUGCUGAUGUUCCAACGCUAAAGUCUACCGUAUAGAAUCGAUUUUAGACGUCAAUUACAGACUACUUUGCUACUAAACGAGUUAUGCAGAGAACGGUGAUAGGACUUUCCUUUACAAAUAGGCAAGCUUUCAAAUACAAGAAAAAUAGGACAGCUGAUCUGCACUAAUCAAAUGCCAGAAAAUACAAUAGGUAAUGCAAACUAGCCAAUCAGCACAAAGUCCCUGUGACAACGCGUCAAAAAAAGUCUCGUUAGCUGAUGGCGGUUCGUCGGCGAACGCUCUUUGCUUCUUGUAGCAGUGAACGUCGUUUUGUUUGGAUGCGGUUUUGUUUUGGCAUUUGUCCUGGCCAUUAAAAAGGAAAAUGUAUGAUCGAACUGAUGAAAGUUUGUAAUGGAAACAUUCAACGAUUCUUGAACAUGUACUGAAGCACUGAAACUUUGGACAACAAUAAAAAACACUGAUAUAGUUGCGUUUAGAUGUUAGCAUUACAAAACAAGCGGACAAAGUCUAUGGAAAUCGUUUGAGGUAAUGAAUGAAAUGUUUAUUUUCAAUAGUUUUGGUGUUUUUGUUUCAACUACAAAUGGACGGGUUCGAAUGUACAGUAUUUCGUGUCUGUGACACGCUAAAAAAUCUGGAUUAACUAACUAGCUAUAUAAUUGAUAAGUAAGAAGACUACAUGCUUGUCUAAUUUGAAACUAAUUGAAUUCAAAAAAUUUCUCUGACAGACAAAUUUUUUGGCUGUCCUCGGAAUUUUUUUCAUCCAGUUAUUUCCAAAUUGGAUAGCACGUACUCCUACUACAUAUGAAAAUGACAUUAAUAGGGACAGCCCGUUGAAACAAACACUUUCAAUGGCCCCUCCGUAUUAACCGGGCUAGACUAUUUUUUUCGUAAAAAUAUUCUUUUCUCUCUAAACAGGUAAACAUGGGGAUGUUUCUGAUACUUUUGCGAGUUAUUUUUGGAAAACUGUCCAAUAAAUACAACAAAGAGCACGUUAAGUUUGCAAGGUGCUAA